AUGUCGAAAGAUUUAGAUCCAACUGGUGGAAUGUUUAGUGGACCGAAAGAUACAAUGGUUGGAAAAAUUAAAGGUCCUGAAAAACCAGAAUCGCAAACAUCGGCUCCACCAGGUGCUAAAACUGAUAUUAUAAAUCCAAACCAACCCGCUGAUCCAAAUCGUGAUCAUGCAGUAAAAAUUGAUUUUCAAAAACAACCAAUGCCUGGUUCAGGACCUCAAACCGGUGGUUUAAAAUAA